AUGAUAGUUACCGCCGGCACUGCCGACCUUCCGGUGGCUGAGGAGGCCACCGUAACCGCCGAGCUGAUGGGCUGCCGAGUGCAGCGCAUCAACGACGUGGGCGUAGCGGGACUGCAUCGGUUGCUGGCGCAACUGGAGUCGCUGCGGGCCGGAAGAAUCAUCGUGGUGGUGGCCGGCAUGGAGGGGGCGCUGGCCAGCGUGGUGGCCGGCCUGGUGUCUGCGCCCGUCAUCGCGGUGCCUACGAGGGUUGGCUACGGAGCGAGUUUUCAGGGGUUGGCGGCGUUGUUGGGGAUGCUCAACGCCUGCGCCCCAGGGGUGUCGGUGGUGAAUAUCGACAACGAGUCUGGCGCCGGGGUGUUCGCGGGCCUGCUGGCCUAUGGAGACGUCCGGCAGAUUGGGCCUUUGCUGGCUCGGUUCCCGCCCGUCUGGUUUGCGGCGGCGGCAGGAUUGGCGGUGUUGAACUAUGCGUUGCGCUACAUCCGUUGGGCAAUGUACCUGCGAGCGCUGAACAUUCGGGUGCCGCAGUCGGUGUGCCUCCUGGUGUUUGUGGCCGGGUUGGCGUUGUCGAUCACUCCUGGCAAGGUGGGUGAGCUGCUGAAAAGCGUUGGCUGA